AUGAUCGCAUCUCGUAAACCCUUAGUGUUAGCAUUUGGUUGGUUAGGUGCAAAACCAUACCAUAUGAACUCGUUUAAGAAAAUUUACAAUGGAAUAGGAUUAGAAUACAAGUCAAUGGUUCAAUCUUAUAUGUCCAUUUUAAAUCUCAAAGAUGACCAUAAAAAAUUUGAAGAAAUGUACGAAGCUGCCAAAAAUAGAGAUGUUUUGUGCCAUAUAUUUUCAUUAAACGGCGCUUCAUCUUUUCUCGAUUCAUUAAUGGAACCAGAUUGCAUUCACUACAAGCCAAAUAUCAACGUUAAAGCUAUAGUAUGGGAUUCAUCACCAGGAACAUCGCCUAAAAACAUCUAUCAUAAAGCAUUUGCAAAAUCAAUUUUCCCUAAGUCACCAUUUUUGGCAAAUGCAUUGUCUGCAGUAUUAAUUCCACCAUUUAAUCUAUUUUUGAAUCUAUCAAAGAAUCAUAACGCGAGAGCUCAAUAUAAAAUUAGUUCUGCUUACGCAAAUCCUCCAACAUGCCCACAGUUAAGCUUAUCAUCAACUAAAGAUUACAUUAUAAAGCAUGAAGAUGUAGUUAGAUACAUAGAAAAUGCAAGAAAAGCAGGAGCUAAUGUAGAAGCAAAGUUUUGGGAAGAUUCCGAUCAUGUUAUGCUAUAUCAUGAUCAUAAACAAGAGUAUAUCAAGAUUGUACAAGAUUUUGCAAAGAAAAUUUUCCCUCCAUCCAAAUAA